GAUGCAUUUUUCGACCUGGAUCCUGCUGUUUAUUACGAGCAAGAAAACAAUACGUGCGGAUUUAUCCCCUCCUUGACGACCGAACCCUUAUCAGACAACACAACCUCGUGCCCGAUCGAAGAUGACUCACCGAGCGAUGAAGUCCUUGAGGGACUCUUUCUGCAACAGUAUGUCAAGGUUAUCGGCCCAUGGCUGGAUGCUUUCGAUGUGGGCAAAUACUUCAGCCAAGUUGUACCUCUUGAGGCACUUGGCAGUCCUCUACUGCGAACAAGCAUAUCAGCAGUUGCAGCAAAGCAACUUGGAAAUUUGCACGCUCUAGAUUCUGUCGAUAUAGACGCAUGUCAGCGCCGAAUUCUUGCCGAAUACGCCCGCCUUUGUCCAUUGGAUAUGCUGUUUCAGGCUGCGAGGUUUUACGACAAGGCCAUCCGCCAUAUCCUCUAUAUGUUGCAAUCACUGAACAGUCCUCACCAGCGUCUAAACCAUCACAUUAUUGGUUCUUAUCAGCUACUUCAGAUUGGAACUGACCCGGGACCCAAUCCAUCCGACUCUCGAUUAGAGAGGGCCAGGGAGGCGACUUUCUGGAACCUCGUCUUCUUUGAUAUAACAAACUCCUUCGUCACAGGAUCCCAAAUGACCCUAAAGGUGAGCAACAGCACGAACUUGUGGACACAAUUCGGUCUAUCUAUGCUGGAGCGUGCUGGUCAAUCCUACCCUUCAUGCUUGGGAGAGGAUAACUCAGGACCCAAAAUGGACGAGAAAACAUCUUGCCAGGCGGCACUCUGGCUGUGCUCAAGAGUGAUCAACGACAUCGCUACCAGGGGGGUCGCACGCGCUGCUUUUACCAUGCACGGUGUCGAAGACGAUUCCAUUGCCCACUGGGCUGAGACAAGAAACCUAUUAAGAGCAUGGCGGGCGAGAAUUCCGGAUGCAUUCACUCCUUACCUAAGAGUGCCCUCCACGGCA